UGAACAAGUCUACUAAUGGCGCAGCUUCAACCGAUUAGCAUCCACGAUCUGCCAGAACUACAGGCGCUCUAUAGACGAGAGUGGCCCAAAUAUUUCAAGGAAUAUUAUGUACUCAGCACCGUCAUUAAGUUUAUCAAGACUGAACCAGGACUGAAGCAUCUCAAUGCCUAUACUUUAGCAGAUUCACAUGCCCAAGAGCUUGGACUCUUUUUACUUGUGGAUCGCUAUCAACUCUUUGUCGGCUGUCUGGGCGACACGUUUGACUUGUUGGAGCACGCUUUGCACCUACUGGACUGGUCACGGGGCUUUCAAUGCACCACAUUUGCAACACGAUACCUAGCCACCAUCUCGAAGGUUGUAGAAGCCAAGCAAUUGAAGAUCACCUUUGAAUAUGACGCCAAUCUAUACACUCUACCAGCAAAAGAAGCCAAGCAACUGAGGGUGGACUGCCCAGACGGAUUCCAGCUGAGGCCUUUAGUCGAAGCAGACGCCCAGUUAAUAGACAAAAUGUGGCCCUACAGUGACACGGGUUCCUUGUACUUUAUUCAACGGCAGAUUCGUCUGUGCCCCAGCAUGGGAUUAUACGAUAUACAAUCAAACAAGCUGGUUGGCUGGUGCGUCAGAACAAUGGAUGGUUUGUUGGCCGCCUUGCAAGUUGAUAACGCAUACAAAAGGCGUGGAUUUGGUACUAUCGUCGUUGCGGCUUUAUCUCGGGAGAUCGGUGCUUUGGGUGAGGAUGUUGGCGCUGAGGUACAUCCAGAGAAUAUACCCUCCAGUAGCAUAUUCAAUAAAUUGGGAUUCCGUGUGAGUGAUCAAUGCUAUUGGCGUUACACUGCACCUGAAAAUGGGAAUUUUACGUGGCCUCAUGGCCAGUAAUGUUGUUUGUGAUAAAAAGCAAGAUGUCCUGACUAAAAGUCAAUACUUAUCAUCAUUACUAUUGUGUUAUCCAUUUUUGUCCCCA